ACCCUCUCACUUAAAGAGACAAAGUUUAAGUACACUGAAGUUUAAUGCUGGUUUGUAUAAUUCGCAGAGAAUUUUAAGCAUAUUUUAUAUGCAACUGUUAUGUAGUUUGUCUAUUUUUAUUUGUGCUGUAUCACCGUCUUUGUUCUGUGCAAGCUACUGUCACCAAAACAAAUUUGUCGUGUAUAAACAUACUGAGCAAAAAUAUAUUUUUGCAAUUUUAUUAGAUUUUUCUAAAUUGGAGCUGUGUUACAUAUUGCUGUAAGAGGUCUGGUAAUGAAAAUCUUUCAUUUGGCAUUUCCAUUUGCUUGUUUAGUCUUUUUUUGUGAUUCAAGUUUGAGAUGAAGUUAAAUUGGCAGAACAGAGAAUAAAACGGUCUAAUUCUCUUAAUGAGUUAAUAAGGAAUUGUACAAAUUACACAGUUUGAUAUACUGUGUGAUAUUUGAGACUGAUUUCAUUGUAUAGAAACAAAAAGAGCGGGAACUGAAACAAAAGAAACGAGUCGAUGGGGGGUGUUGGUCAAACAUGGAGCGGUGGGCGGAGUUAUAAUCUAGCCGCAUGUGAUUGGUCCUCGUUCCAGCCGUUAUUCUUCGAGUUGUCCAAUUAAACACGAGUUCGUGGGUUUGACAAAUGAAAACACGCCAUCAGAAGCUUCCCUGUCUCUCUGAUAAUUAGCAUAGACCCGUCAAUAAAUCCCUGUCCUUCUCUUUCUCAUCAUUGUGUCAUGAGGUUUUGAUCUCCAGCAGCAUCAUGCCUGAACCAGCGAAGUCCACACCGAAGAAAGGCUCCAAGAAGGCCGUCACUAAGAGCGCCUCGAAAGGAGGAAAGAAGCGCAGGAAGUCCAGGAAGGAGAGCUACGCUAUCUACGUGUACAAAGUGCUGAAGCAGGUUCAUCCUGACACCGGGAUCUCUUCGAAGGCCUUGGGCAUCAUGAACUCUUUCGUCAACGACAUCUUUGAGCGCAUCGCCGGUGAGUCGUCUCGUCUCGCUCACUACAACAAGCGUUCCACCAUCACUUCCCGAGAGAUCCAGACCGCCGUGCGUCUGCUGCUGCCCGGGGAGCUGGCCAAACACGCCGUGUCCGAGGGCACCAAGGCUGUCACCAAGUACACCAGCUCCAAGUAGAGCAACUCUGCAGCUCAACACAACACAAGAGCCACAAAACUUCUCAAUAAAAGUUUUUGACCAUUGAAUGGAGUUAAGGCUCACAGCGUGUAUGGUUCAAAUUUUAAAUCUUGUAGAGGUUAAGCGUUUUAUCGAAAUAUAAAGAUAUGAUGAGCGGUUACAGCGCAUAACCAAUACUGUUUAACUCUUUACGUAUUUUAAGUUAUUGGUGGGUGAUACUCCAAAAUUUGGUAUCAAUGAUACCAAUUAAAUAUAGGGUCAUUUUUGUCAAUACCAAUACGAUACAUUUUACUUACUUUCACUAGCUAGGACCACGCCACAAACCAGCUAUGCAACUGGGGAAGAGUAGAAAGAGGAUGAAGGGGUCGAGGGAAUGGGAUGAUGGUCAGGUUGAUCAGGGCAUCUUGAAUUGAUGGCUCAGGGA